AUGAGGUUGGAAUUUUGUUUAUUAUUAACCAUAGGUUUGGUUAGGCCAGAGUCGCUGCCUAACAUCAUAUCAUCUCUUCAGUCGGAGACAUCCUAUCGGACAAUACUUUUACUGAGAAGUAGUGACACCUGUUGGGAUGAAAAACAAUUGCAUAAUAGUGGACCUGUUCUAAGUUUUGAUAGAAAUCAAAGUAUACACCUAAAAAAUAACAUUAAUUCAAAAGUACUUGCUUUAGUUUGUCUCUAUGAAAAUGAAAAUGAUAUGCUGGGGACAUUAUACUCCAGUCUUGAAGAGAUGCGCGAUACCACCACUAUAUUAUUUGCUCUUUCGGAUGAGCAAAUCGGAAGAUCUUUUCGGAAGUGUCUUGGCCAUAAAAUGUUAAAUGUGUUGGCUUUUAAAGGAGCUGAUCGAAAAAUAAUCUACAGCCAUAGAGUAUUUCCAACAUUCCAGAUAAUAAAAAGAAAUGUAACCGAUAUCUGGACAUAUUUCGAGCCCCAGCUUAAGAAUCUGGGAGGAAGGAUUGUAAGAGCUCUGCCCGAUAACAUAAUACCCCGCACAGUGGCCUAUAGGGAUGCGAAUGGAAAUCGCAAGUUGGCCGGUUAUCUAUUCGAUUUCAUUAAAAAUUACGUUAGCACCAUUAACGCCACUCUCCAAAUUGUUUGGGAUUUGGUCCCCGAAGAAGGUAUGAUCGCUCUACCCGAACUGUGGCGAUUAACAGAAAGCUCCGAUAUAGAUUUUCCUCUGGGAAUCUUCGGCCUAGAAAUCGUAACACCCAGGCAAUUUGUAUCUUUGCAGAUUUCCAAAUGGUAUCUGAUGUUGCCAAUGGAACCACGUAUGCCCAGAGCUCAGUUUUUCCUGAAUUUUGGACUUAAGGGUAUGAUACCCAUGGCCAUUGUUUUGGCCAUCGUAUUGUCGAAAGCUCAUCAACUUGAAAGGAGUUCGGAUGAAAAUUGGCCUAGAUUUCGGAUAGGAAGUGAAGUCUUGAGGGGACUCUUGGCCCAAACAUUCAUCCUUCCGAGAUGCCUCUCGCCGAGAUUACUUUUUCUGUACUGGUUACUUCUAAUGAGUGGAUUCUUCAUGAGCAACUACUACACGGCCAAUGUGGCGACUUGGCUGGUUCAUCCUCCCAAAAGACAACUUGUUCAUAAUUGGGAGGAUAUGCGUCACUUUAACGUUAAGACUCUAGUCGUGCAAGCCGAAUUGGAAUACCUGAAGCGAAUUUUGGGCAAUGAAUUUAUGGAUUCUCACAAGGAUCUGUUCGAAGUAACUGAUUCGGCAAACUUCCAAUCAAAACGAAUGGCGAUGGAUCCGUCAUACGCCUAUCCCAUAACCGGAACAUUGUGGCCAAGUUUAAAAAAUAGUCAGAAACGUUUAAAGGAUCCCAUUUUUCGUCAGUCCAAAGAGUUCAAUUUUAUACCAUUCUUGAUUCUAGGGGUGCCUAUUCCUCCUAAUUCUAUUUUUAAGAAAUCCCUGCAGCACUACAUUGGACUCACCCAUCAGAGCGGACUGUUCCGGAUGUGGUUCAACCGGAGUUUCCGCGUCCUAAACAAACUUGGCAAAAUGUCCCACAAGGUCGAGACACAGAGCCAGGAAUUUCACAAUCUCGUGUGGAAGGACUUCAGGAUGAUAUGGAUUGGCUAUAUGGGAGGGAGCGCUUUCAGUCUGACGAUAUUCCUUUUGGAACUUGGUUACCACAAAUGGCAGACAAAGCAACGAAACUCAAAAGGAUAA